GAGUUUUGGCCGGGCUGUUAUCCCGCCCCGCGGUCUCACUUAGCGGUUUAGCCAGCACUUAACGACAACGACACGAGAGAAGCUAUUGUCAUUGGAUUGGACUAAGCAUUUGGCCGCUUUUGCCUGUCGGGAAUAGUGUAUUAUUUGUGUAACUAGUGUUGUUUAUAAAAUUACAUGUUUGUUAAGUUCUCACUGAAAACAAACGAAGUUUACGGUCAGUUAUCUCUAUACGAAGGUCAAAUGUUAUAGAUUUCAUACAUCCUGUUUCAUAAAAUUUUACUAGGAAGCAGAGUGGUUUAAAGUUCCUGUAACGGCGGCUUAAUUUAAACAAAUGAGCAACAUGAAUUUAUGAGAUCGCGAUUUAGUGACGACCACCGGUGGGAGCGGGCAAGAUGGGGCGCGCGCGGUACAUUGCGUGCGCAGUACUCCUGCUGUGUCCUCUAGCGCUAAGUCGCCAUGACGACGACUUCGCUUUUGACAAUAGUGACGAGUUUCAGGUUGAACUUACAGCCAAUCAUUCCGAAAUAACACGAAAUGGCCUAAGGAGAUUAUGGGGCGUUCCUGAUACAUCGGCCUAUGUAGGACACUUGUUCCGUAUGGAAAUUCCCAAAGAAGCUUUCUCCGGAGAAGUACAAGCAUACAAGGUUCGCAGGGAUGACGGUCGUCACACGCCUAACUGGCUUGCCGUGGACUCAAAACACGGCCUGAUCAGCGGCUUGCCUCAACAGGCAGACCUUGGUGCCCACACCUUCAGCAUCACAGCACACGGACGAACGCGUGGACUUACAGCUACCGACUCCUUCACCAUUGAGGUGAAGAAAGCGGAAGACAAGCCACAAUCUAAAUACGGCUCAUGCGCCGGUGCCGAGAACCGACUCGUCCUGGUGAUUCUGAUAGAUGGUGCAUUCCACCACAUCGCGCCGCGGCAGCGGAUACGCGCGCUCAUGGAACUUGCCAAGUUUAUGGCUCUCGAUGGUGACGAAUUUUGGAUGGAGCCGUACAAAGCAGAGGCGGAACACACGUUGACGGUACUCAAGAGUGGCACCGGCAACCUACAGCACAGGCGUAGCGGUGCAAUUACGGCUAUUUAUUUAAAUGUGGGGUGCAAAAACAAGAUGUGGCCUCGCCACCAGGUUCUGGUAUCUGGGCUGCGGGAACAAGCGCGGGACGGCUCGCUGGCUCACGUAUUGCAAAUGCCUGUACUGGGCUGGCGAUUAGCAUCCGUCGCCGCCGCGCCUCGCCGCAAACGACAGCUGAGACUACCAGAAGGAUCUGGCGGGUACGAAUAUAACGACAACGACGACGAUGGCGCGGACGUCGACGAGGACCUAGACAGGGACGCCGACUACAGCGGGUACGACUACAACGAAAACUAUGAAUAUAGCCGCAUCGAUGACGGACUCACCGAGCCCGCCGAGACGACGACUCUAUCAACCACCACCCCAACGUCCCCACCCACGACGUCCACAACCACCCUGCCUGCUUCCACUGCCCCAACUUCCCCCCCGACCACGCCUGACCCCACGACUACUGAAGAAUACACCACCGCUCGCGCGGAAGAAACCACUCCUGAGCUCGCCUCUACUAAUACGUAUACCACAGAGGACAAUAAAGUGAAGAUCACACCAUACGAAUCAGCAUCAGAGGCGGCGAGCAAUGUAAAUUAUACGAAGGAAAUUCCAUUCGUCCCAAGACGAAUCGGCAGUUUACCGUCUGCGCUCCCCGAUAACAAUGUAUCCGAGACACAGACCACAACUGAAAUGGAAGUGCAAACAGUAGUUAUACGCGGGUCGGACGAACUGCCGCCGGUGUCGUCAUCAGAACAGCCCAUAUCGUCGACGCUCUCAUCGACCACGUCGUCGACGACUUCGACUACGACGUCGCCGCCGACGACGUCGCAAACUCCAGAACCGUCGCCGUCCUUAAUACCACUACCGCCAGUGGUAGUCACAACAGUGAACACGACGUCCACACAACCACCGACCACCACGUCGACGGCCGAGACGACAAUAUUGACGUCAGAUAUUCCCACCACCACGUCAGUUCCAGAAACUACGAUACAGGAAGUCACUAAACAGUUGCAGGAAGUAGGACCAUCUCAAAGAAGCAGUACGAUAAUAGGGCUUACAACUGAAACGGUGACAUUCCCCAUGCCGGUCAACAAUCCGCCAACUCUCAAACACCAUAUGAAGAAGCUAGCCAUCACGGCGGGUAAAGCUUUCAGGUAUAUUAUACCAGCAGACCUGUUCACUGACGCUGAAGAUGGAACCAAUCUCACUUUCACCAUGUACGAAGCGGAAAAUGUACCGCUCCGCAAGGACUCGUGGAUACAGUUUAUACCUUCCGGGCGUGAAGUCUAUGGAUUACCAUUAGAAAAGCACGUGUCGCGGUGGAACUUCAUUGUGGAAGCCAAAGACAGCGAGGGUGAAGCAGCGCGAGGGCCCCUCGACAUCACCGUGCAACAACACAAGAGCGGUCGCACCAUCAAUCACCAAUUCAUCAUGGAGUUCAAACUUCUGAAGCCAUACAGCAACGUCAUCGACUGGCAGAUACGAGCUCUGGAGGGGAUAGUCAACCUCUUCAGAGAUACUGAUAUGCACCAUUUAACUGUACUGAAAGCCACUCAAACUGAUGAUAUCUGUGAAUUUGUUUGGACAAACGACACGCUUCCAAAAGAUCCGGCGUGUCCAAUGGAUGAUAUUAAUAGACUGAUGAAGAUAAUGGAGUCGGAGACGGAGGCGGGCAGCCCGUCGCCGCGGCUGUCGCGCGCCAUGUGGCCGCAGCUGCAGGCGCGGCGCGUGCGCUGGCAGCCGCGCGGCCGCUGCGCCCCGCCCGCCGCGCCCGCGCCGCCCGCGCCCUCCGCCACGCGCGCGCCCGAUGCCUUCCCGCCCGUCUCCAGGAACCAGGUCGACCACCUCACCGCCGUCGUCGGCCAGCUGCUGGUGCACAAGGUGCCCGAGGAUACGUUCUUCGAUCCUGAGGAUGGCGGUACCCGCAACCUGGCACUGUCACUCCGCUACAGCGACCGCUCGGAGCUGCCACCCGGCCACUGGCUGCAGUUCGAUACGCGCAACCAGGAGUUCUACGGCCUUCCUGCGCCUAGCGACGAAGGCAGCGUGCAUUAUCAGCUGAUUGCCGAAGAUUCAAGCAAAAAGAGCGCGUACGACAGCUUAAUUGUAGAAGUUGUCAAAUCACCCACAAUUCGUCCUACAGUGGAAUUCCAAAUGACAAUGGAGUACCCAUUCGCGCAACUUGCCUAUGAUGCCAACAACAAACGAAAAGUUGUCGAGAAGUUGGCAGCAUUGUUUGGACAAAAGAGUACAGAUAACAUUAGGAUUAAUAGCAUUACUGAUAACCCAACCACUAUUAUUUGGUACAACACAAGCCUCCCGAUGGAUAGGUGCCCGAAAAAAGAAAUCGAGGAAUUACGAAAAAUGAUAAUUGUUGACGAGCGCGGUUCGACAGGGGGCGCUCUCAAAGAGAACGUCGACCACGUGUUCGAUAAAGACUUCAAAGUUAUGUCCAUAAGGCUUAUACCACUGGGCUUGUGCGCCGAACAGAACACUAAAGUGCCUAAAACGACCAUACAAGUUCACCCUGGUUCUACGAAAUUGCUCAACACCAAAGCGGACUCAGCGGAGUCCAGCUACCUGGUGACUUUCAUUAUACCAGCUGUUGUGAUCGUCUGUAUGAUUCUUGUAGCUGGAAUCAUCGCUUGUGUCUUGUACAGAAGACGUCGAACUGGUAAAAUGAGCGUCGGUGACGAAGAAGAACGACAAGCAUUCCGCUCUAAGGGCAUCCCGGUCAUCUUCCAAGACGAACUGGAGGAACGCGCCGACACUGAACCUGCACACAAGAGUCCUGUCAUCAUGCGUGAAGAAAAACCUCCCUUAUUGCCUCCUGCACCGGACUACAGGGGGGGCGAAGACGUCCCUUACAGGCCCCCACCCCCCUUUCCCGCCUCUCGCACUCCCCCUAGGCCCAAAGCCACACCCACUUACAGGAAACCACCUCCAUACGUCCCGCCUUAAGACUGCACUGCCUCACUACCUUAAGCCACCUUAGUUUGUAGGUCACUGUGUUUCAAAGGCCCCACGCUCUCGGCCCGACUUCAAGUAGCCGUGAUUUUGGGCCUUUUAAGCGGCCUGUAACGUGCAAACGCGAUCUUUGCUCCAUCACUUUAAAACGCGCUGUAGGAUUAAGGUAUGAAUGAAAUUGCGUUAUUUUGUUUCAAAUUGAAACAUGUUUUAACUUAUUAUGCGCUAUUAUUGAGAACAUAGAUCGCAUUUGACUAUAAAUACCUAAUAUACAGCCGUAUUAUGAAACCGGUUCACAAAUUAUUCUUUUUAUAAAUUGGAUGUGGAUUUUGAACUUCAUUAUCCCUAGUCGAACUAUUGAAACAAUAUUAUUUCACUGUAUUUAUUUAUCAAUUUAAAUUACGAAUUCUAUAAACAUUUUGGUAUGUUUGAUAUAAAUUGUGUGCAUCUACAAUUAAAUAUGCAUUUAAUACGAAAUAAUUUAUUAAGUACACCUCGUAAAAACAAGGAAUUGUGCGCCGUGUGACUACGAAUUUCUUAUACAAUAUAUUAUGUAUGUAUAAGUUAGUUACUUACGUAUUAGCUUCGCGAAAUAGGUGUUACACAGUACGGUUAGGUAUUGCUGGUUCAAUUAUAUAAAAAAUGGAGUCUUCACAAUAAUGAGAAUGUACCUAACCUAGUGUUAUUGUUGAAGUAGAGAAUGUUAUAAUUAGCUUUUAGACUAAGGCGAAGUUAAAUCAGGUACGUAUGAGUGAUAAACAUGUUAAUACAAAUCCGUUCCGCGAUGAAAACUCUAGUAUAAAAAAACGGUAAAAUGAUAUGUCGCAAAAUUGUAAACGUUAUCGCAUCAUUAUGUUUUAAGGGCUCAUAAUGUCAAUUUGGUAAGGUAGGUAUAUAUUUUUUUUGAACUAUUUUUUUUUUUUCAUACCAUAUGGUGACGGAGCAAGAAUACAGUGUAUCCACACUUAUUUAUCCCUAGGAAGGAAACAAACCAACGUACAACUCUAAAAUUCGAACCUAUAACGUGAUAUUACUUGGUUAUACUUGUAUUAACCAAAUACUCAUAUAGACUUCUAAUGAGGAGAUACUCGAACCCAGUAGUGGAACGAUAAUAGGUUGUUAUAAGUAUAAAUUUGCUCGUCAUGUCCUUCUCCAUCCAUUAUAAUUUGCGAGAUAAUAAAUAAACAAACUCACUUGCACAUUUAUAAUAUUAAUAAGGAUGUGAUACUUUCUUCACAUUAUGGCCCAUCAUACGAUUUCCAUAUGUUAUUAAAUUGUGAGAAAAAAUCAAAAUGCAUACUGUCGCGGGCUGAUAAUGAUAAUAAAAUUGUUACUUGGUAAUAACUAACU